AUGACUCGAAGCAACAAAACUCACUCGGCAUCAAACAAGCGGUCUCAUGUCUCGAGCAGCCACUCCUCAUCAUCGGCCUCCUACUCCUAUGGCCAGCACUCCUCCAUGGGAAGCAGCCACGGAAAUCCUGGGUCCUACGCUCGUCCAAACGGGUCUGGAAACUGGUAUCCGGAAUCAAGCGGCCCAUCUCAGAGUGGGUACGGGCAGCAGGCGGGCAACCACGCCAACUCUUACCGCUCAAACGACUCUCAGGCCUCUGGAGCUGGCAGCUUUGGUAGUUCCAAUAAUCAGCCACGCCUGCAAGAACCAGGUUGGUCUCCGGCAGAGCGACAAGCCUACUCUCAAGGCCAUCCUGGACUGCCGAUAUCCCGUGCCCAGCCACCUCAGCGAAACCACGAUGCGGUGCUCAGAGAUGUCAAUGUUCUAGUGUCCGGCUACGGCCAGCGGCCCCCGUCGACACAGACGUAUCCCUAUGCCACAGAGCUCAACGAUGACUUGGACAUCCCAAGCAGCAGCCGCCAGAAUAGCUCAUCAUCUCGCCGGGAUACUACCAGUCGGUCUUCCCGGCGGUGA